UCAAAAUAACGAACAAAACAUAACAUAACAAACAUAUCGAAGAAAUUAAUUUUGUAUUUUAUCGGACUCACAUCACAAUGGAGGCCCUAAAAGCAGAAAUCGCUCGAAAACGUAAGAUUAUCGAGGAGAUGAACGUUGUAGCACCAGCCAAGAAAUAUUUCAGCAAAGGCGACUUCUUGGCUAAGGAACGAGAAGAAUAUAUAAAGAAGUAUGGUCUUCCAGCACAAGGAGAAGAGAAGGCGGCAGUGGAAGAUAAAAACUGUUCUGCUGACAACAGUAUUGAUGACCAUCUUCUUCCUCGUCAAGAAGUUAUGAACAGAUUGAGAGACAGGGAGCAGCCCAUUUUACUGUUCGGGGAAACUGAGCUUGAUGCCUUCAAAAGGUUACGUAAAGUGGAAUUAUUAGAACCAGAAGUAAGGGGUUUCCGAAACGACUUCCAGGAGGCUAUGGAAAAAGUUGACCAAGACUACUUACAAGAUUUACUCAAGUCUUCGAAAGACGAGGAUGAGAAAGAAUCUACUGGCAAUAAGGAACAAAAAUAUUUAAGCCACGAAGAAAUAGUUGAAUUGUCGAAGAAAAUGGGACGAGGGAAUAAGGAGCACGAUAUGACAGUAAUAGUUCAUUUCAUCAAUCUAAUACUGAAAUUAUGGAAUGACCAGUUGCAGAACAGAGCACCACAAGAAAAAAUGGGAACGAAAGGUAAACUUCAAGGAGCCACCUACACCCAAACACAAGUUUACCUGAAACCUCUGCUCAGAAAACUGAAAUCAUUCUCUGUACCCGAUGACAUUUUAGACAGUUUGACAGAAAUUGUGGUUCACUUACUAAAUCGAAACUAUCUCAAAGCCAGUGGUGCUUACCUUCAGAUGGCAAUUGGUAACGCACCUUGGCCCAUUGGUGUUACUAUGGUUGGUAUUCAUGCGAGAACAGGUAGAGAAAAGAUUUUCUCAAAAAAUGUAGCUCACGUUAUGAACGACGAAACACAGAGGAAAUAUAUACAAGCGUUAAAAAGACUGAUGACGAAAUGUCAAGAAUAUUUUCCAACAGACCCUUCGAAAUGUGUGGAAUAUGCGGCAUUCGGUGACUCACAAACUCCUGCUUCAAGUUCAUCGAUGUAAAUUUGUUUGAUAUAUCUGAGAAAUUAUUUAUAACUGUUUGUUAAUAAAAGUACUAAAGUUUAA